AUGUAUAUGUACAAUAUCACAUGACCAAAGUACAAACUUCUUUUUGAAAAAUAUAAACAUUGAACUUAUAUUUUAGUUUUAUUUUAGACGAUUUUUUUAUUAGAUUUUUUGCUCACCCCAGCCAUACAUCCUUACCCUAACCAAAAAGAGAGUGUAUUUUUCUUAUUUUGGGAGGAAAGUAGUUUUAAGAGGGAAGGGUGAAAAGGAGAUAUGCGAUGAGAGAUACAGGGAAUACCUGGAUGAUACUCUACAGCAAAGUAUAAACGCAUAAACUAUGCCGCACCCAAAUCCAACCUAAAUCCGGGUUUCUCCCUCUUUAUUGUCAGAUCAGGCCAGUGAAAUCUCCGAUACUUUGCUGGGAUUCGAAGGAAUUCGAUUUCCGUUCCCCCUUUUUUUCUGUCUCCCCGCCAGGGCAUGCAAGUUCAUAGCAGUUCAUAUUCUGAAUUUUCGAUCGGUCGAUUGAUUGAUUGAUUGAGAGAGAUGAAGAACAAUGAAGAUCAAGCGAGGUCUUUGUUCGGGAUUCCGCUCUCUGAUCGGCCGAUAUGGCAACGUUUCCUCAUUUGCUCAUCUGGGUUCUUCUUCGGCUACCUCGUCAAUGGCAUUUGCGAGGAAUAUGUGUAUAAUAGGCUCCAGUUCAGCUAUGGGUGGUAUUUUACCUUCAUACAAGGUUUUGUGUACUUAGCACUAAUACGCUUACAAGGUUUCACCACUAAGCAAAUGGUGAACCCUUGGAAAACCUAUGUAAAGCUCUCUGCUGUUCUCAUGGGCUCCCACGGAUUAACAAAGGGCUCCCUUGCUUAUCUUAACUACCCAGCACAGAUCAUGUUCAAGUCCACUAAGGUCCUUCCUGUGAUGAUAAUGGGCGCUUUUAUUCCUGGCUUAAGAAGAAAAUACCCUCCCCAAGAAUACAUCUCUGCAGUGCUCCUGGUUGCCGGCCUAAUUCUUUUCACUCUAGCAGAUGCCAGCACUUCUCCAAAUUUCAGUAUGGUUGGCAUCAUAAUGAUAAGUGGUGCUCUAGUAAUGGAUUCUUUUCUGGGUAAUUUGCAGGAAGCAAUUUUUACCCUGAAUCCUGAAACAACUCAGAUGGAGAUGCUCUUUUGCUCAACUGUAGUUGGGGCACCUUUCCUACUUGUGCCCAUGAUAUUAACUGGAGAGCUUUUCAAGGCCUGGAAGUCCUGUUAUCAGCAUCCUUAUGUAUAUGGUGUGUUGGUUUUUGAAGCAAUGGCAACAUUUGUAGGCCAACUCUCUGUUCUUUCACUGAUAGCUUUCUUUGGGGCUGCCACAACUGCAAUGGUGACAACAGCAAGAAAGGCGGUUACUCUGUUGUUGUCGUACUUGAUCUUUACAAAGCCACUCACGGAGCAACAUUGCUCGGGAUUGCUGCUUAUUUGCAUGGGAAUCCUCUUGAAGCUCUUGCCCGAAACCAAACCUCCAGUUCGAAGUAUGCCAUUUGAUGCCCCAAACAAACAGGUAAAAUAUCAUCAUCAUCACAAGGAGCUCAAGAGGGCAUCAGAAAGCGGCGAAGAUGAAAUCAAGGAAGAUAAGAGGCCACUUAUCUAAGAGGUGCAGCUCUAUUGUUUUUUUUUUGGUUUCGUCUGCGUAUAAUAUUGUUUUAUAUAUGAACUUGAUUUUUGGAUUCUAAUAAAUUGCCAUUCCUCCUUGUACAACAACUUAGGGCAAUUUUAUUACUGUAUUUAUUUUCACAUAU